CCACUCGCUUCUUCAUUUUCUCUCCCAAAGCGAAAUUCCCCUUUUCCUCUCUCUCUCUCUCUCUCUCUCUCAGAUCAGAUUCUACAACCAAAAAAAUGGCGUUGGAAUGGGUGGUUCUCGGGUACGCCGCGGCGGCGGAAGCGAUCAUGCUCCUCUUCCUCACCCUGCCGGGUCUCGACCCGAUCCGCAAGGGGCUAAUCAGCGUGACCCGGAGCCUCCUGAAGCCGUUCCUCUCCGUCGUCCCCUUCUGCCUCUUCCUGCUGAUGGAUAUCUACUGGAAGUACGAUCACCUCCCCCACUGCGAGUCCGAAUCCUGCACACCGUCGGAGCAUCUCCGCCACCAGAAGUCAAUCAUGAAGUCCCAGCGCAACGCCCUCCUCAUCGCCUCCGCCCUCGUCUUCUACUGGCUGCUCUACUCUGUCACCGCCCUCGUCGUCAAGAUCGAUGUCCUCAAUAAGCGGAUCGAGAAAUUGAAGGCCCAGGAUUGAUCGAUUCGAUCGAUCGAUUGAAUUUUUCAGAAAUGUUAGUAUUUUCCUACAUUAUUUCUGCGAAAUGUUUUUUUCUUUCAUGAACUGAGAUUAUGGUUUAAAUAAUUGUUUAGGAUCUGAUUCCGAUUCUCGAUUUUUGAUUUUCGAUUUUUCGGUUUAUGUUGUUGUAUGGUGCUCUUACACGUUUUAAUUAAUUGCUAGUUUCUGUUGAUUUUCGUGUGGUUUCCGAUUACCGAAGAAUUUUAUGAAAUCAGUGUCUUCUACAG